ACAUCCAACCAACCAGAAUGCAAGCUUCACAAAACCGCGGCCGGCUUUUCCAAUACUUGGCCACCCUAUCAGGGGCGUUUUCUAUCAUCACCUCGGGAAUCAAUCUUGGAUGGACCUCCCCGUACUUGCCUCAGCUUUUAAGUACCAACUCUUCCAUUCCUACCAGCAGCGAUGAAGGCUCGUGGUGCGCCGUUAUGCCCUUGCUGGGUUCGCCCGUGGGUGCCCUCCUCGCCGCAAUUCUCGGAGAUGUAAUCGGCCGCAAAAACACAACUCUUCUCAUGACUCCUAUCAUUUUCUUGUCUUUUAUCUGGAUUGCUUUUGCCGAUUCGAUCUGGGUGAUUUCGGCCAUCCGGUUUGUGAUUGGUGCCACCGAAGGAGCGCUAUACACGGUUCUACCGAUGUACAUCGGCGAAAUUGCCGACCCCGAAAUUAGGGGAUUGCUCGCCUCCACGCCGACGAUAGCGGGAAUUGCUGGUACUCUCUUCAUUAAUAUCAUCGGUCAGAUGUACUCUAUCUUUACGUCGUCGAUUAUAUGUGCUUUCGUGCCUCUGAUCCACUUUGCUGCUUUUAUUUUGAUGCCGGAAUCGCCGUACUACUACAUAAAGAAGCAUAGACUGGAUGAAGCGAAACAGAGUUUGGUGGUUCUGCGUGGUACCGACAAUGUACAGGACGAAUUUGAUACGCUAUGCAAAGCUGUCAGUAGGCAGGAACAAAGCAAGAAAGCGAGAGUAACGGAUUUGUUUACGGUGGCCAGCAAUAGAAAGGCUUGUAUGAUCUACGUUAUUAUUUGUUUGACUAACAAGUUCAGUGGUAAGAAUCCUUGUCUUUUUUACACGACGAUGAUCUUCGAGGAAGCGGGGAGUCGCAUCAGUUCGGAUUUGUCGACGAUUAUUUAUUGCUCGGUGGAAUUAGUGGCGACUUUAGUGGCCAUUUUCGUCGUGGACAAAUUUGGAAAGAAACCUUUGAUGAUUGUGUCGACUGUGGGAUGCAGCGUUUCCGUUUUCUUUUUAGCUGCGUAUUUUUACGUGAAAGAUUGGUACCCACAUGUAGUGGAGAGUAUUGACUGGCUACCGAUUACUUCUCUAGUGGCUUACAACGUUUUGUUCAGUAUUGGACUCGCUUUUGGGGCUGUGUCGGUUUUAAGCGAACUUUUCCCCACGAGUGUGAAGGCCGUCGCUUUGGGUACUGCUGACACUUUUUCGGUUAGUAUGGGUGCCAUUGCUUCCAAGUUGUUCCAAAUUACUAAAGACGAGUUCGGGAUGUACGUGCCGUUUUGGUUCUUUUCCGUCUGCACGGGUGUCGGUUUGAUUUUCAUAGUGAAGUUUGUACCCGAGACUAAAGGCAAGACGUUGGAGGAAAUUCAGCAGUACUUGAUCGGCGACUGCGAUAGCGAGAAGAAUUACAAGAAGAAGAGUGAGUUUAAUGUUUGAAUGAGUUAAUUAUGUGUGAAGUUUAACCGCAUGGUGGACACUUGAUUAGGAACGGUCUGUGGUUGUGCAGAUAGAGUUUCAGAAGCCGUACAUUACGGAAAAAAGCGUUUCCGCAUUGUGAUCUCUUUAUUUAUUUAUGGAAAUUGUAUUUUUAAAUAUAUAAU